AGAGGGUCGCAUUUCCCUCCUUUUCACCACUUUUUCCCUCUUUAUAUAUCAAAAUCUUACGUUGAUUUUCUUUUUCUCUCGUUGCUGAUUCUUCAUUGUCACAGCCGGCGUUUAGAGAUCGUAGAAAAUAUACCGGCGUUUCAAAUGGCGGCGAGAAUGGAUCUGGACGGUAGGCUGAUAAAGCCGAUGACGAUAUGCAUGAUCGGAGCCGGAGGCUUCAUUGGCUCUCACCUUUGUGAGAAACUGAUGGCGGAGACACCGCAUAAAGUGCUUGCAUUGGAUGUUUACAAUGAUAAGAUCAAACACCUUCUCGAGCCCGACUCUUUGCCUUGGGCUGGCCGUAUCGAGUUUCACCGGAUUAACAUCAAACAUGAUUCUAGGCUAGAAGGCCUUAUCAAGAUGGCAGAUCUCACGAUAAAUCUUGCGGCGAUCUGUACUCCGGCAGAUUACAAUACGCGUCCACUGGACACAAUUUAUAGCAAUUUCAUUGAUGCACUUCCUGUGGUUAAGUACUGUUCUGAGAACAACAAACGUCUCAUUCACUUCUCUACUUGUGAAGUUUAUGGCAAAACCAUUGGAAGCUUUCUUCCUAAAGAUUCUCCUCUCCGUAAGGAUCCUGCUUACUAUGUUCUCAAGGAAGAUACUUCGCCUUGCAUUUUUGGUUCAAUAGAGAAACAGAGGUGGUCGUAUGCAUGUGCUAAGCAAUUGAUCGAGAGGCUUAUCUAUGCUGAGGGUGUGGAGAAUGGCCUUGAUUUCACCAUUGUGAGGCCUUUUAACUGGAUUGGACCAAGGAUGGAUUUCAUUCCCGGCAUUGAUGGUCCAAGUGAAGGAGUUCCACGAGUUCUGGCAUGCUUUAGUAAUAAUCUGCUACGUCGUGAGCCACUUAAGCUUGUUGAUGGUGGCCAAUCCCAGAGAACUUUUGUUUACAUUAAGGAUGCCAUUGAAGCUGUUCUUUUGAUGAUUGAAAACCCAGAUAGGGCCAAUGGUCAUAUUUUCAAUGUGGGUAACCCAAACAAUGAAGUCACAGUUAGGCAACUUGCUGAAAUGAUGACUCAGGUCUAUACCAAGGUUAGUGGAGAACCUAUGUUGCAGUCACCAUCUAUCGAUGUCAGCUCCAAGGAAUUUUAUGGUGAGGGAUAUGAUGAUAGCGACAAGAGAAUCCCGGACAUGACCAUAAUAAAUAAACAACUCGGUUGGAACCCCAAGACAUCCCUUUGGGACUUACUUGAAUCGACUCUUACCUACCAACAUCGGACUUAUGCCGAGGCCAUUAAGAAGUCCAUGGCAAAACCUACUGCAUUCUAAAGGGGCAAGAUUGUUUAGACCACGCACACAAGUAAGGACUCGCGUAAAAUAUAUGCUUUUGUUCUUCUACGUUUCGAUUCUUAAAAUUCUUUCUAGGAAGUCUUAUAUAUAUAUCUUCACUGUUGAUUUUGGUUUAUAUUUUUUAGUCUUGUCUGCAUCUGUAGUCAAGUUCUUAGUGUGGUACUUUUAUAUGGAAACAUUAGAUUUUUAUUGUUUUAGCGUUAUAUGUUAUUAUUUCAAUCGAAAGCUUUUGGACUCCAUUUUCUCACUUCUGGAUUGUGCUGUAUUUGUAAACCCUCUCGGGCUCUUGUUUCUUAAAUUAUAUUAUUUUAUAAUUUUCAUGUAA